AAUCAUACCCUCUGCUUCUCUACUCUCUCUCGCUCACUCUCUUCUCGACGGCGCGCACCUCCAUCGUUAGGGUUCCUCACCACCGUGCUUCCAUCAUCAAACCACACCUUCCUUCUGCUCUGCUUCGUUUUCACCUCACCGUGCUUCAAUCAAUCAAACCACACCUUCCUUCUGCUGCUUCGUCUUCACCAUCGCUUCCAUCACUCAAGCUCGUGUGGGUUCUGCUUCUUCUUCACCGAGCCCGUCCGCUCCAGCGCGACUGCAUCCCACGGCGCGCCGCACCUUCCGCUGCCAUUAUCAAGAUUUUGAUGCUUGAGUUUUGUGCUUUCCAAAACAUUGAUCUUUGCUGUUAUGGGGAAAGGACGAAGUCCUGGGAAAUGGUUCAAGAACUUACUUUUGGGGAAGAAGAAAUCAUCAUCAAAGUCUAAUUCAUCAAAGAAUGAUGAUAUUUUUAAACCUUCAAGUAACAAGGAUGUGCUGGGGUCUUCUGAGGUGUCUGUGUCGGCUCAAACUGUGGAUUCUUUGAUCAUAUCCGCACCUCUAUCUGGAACUAAUGCUACUCAAGGAGUGGUUUCAGAAAAGGAAAUAGUUAGCAGGCCAUCGAAUGACAGGGAUGUUCUUUCAAAUGGAGAUAAAGAGGCUCAUGCUCAGCCUAUUGCUAAUGUGGAAACUAUCGAGAAACUCCAGCUUACAGAAGCAGCUAUAAAACUUCAGGCUGCCUGCAGAGGCUAUCAGGCUCGUCGAGCAUUUCAAACACUCAGAGCUAUCACACAACUGCAAGCUCUUAUCCGUGGCCACCUGGUUAGAAGGCAAGCUGUUUCUGCAUUAUAUUGUGUGAAAGGAAUUGUUAAAUUUCAAGCAUUGGCUCGCGGUUACAAUGUUAGGCGUUCUGAUGUUGGGCUUGCAGUCCUGAAAAUUCGAAAGGUAAAAGUAAUUAGAUUAAUUCAGCAAGUACAAUGAUCUGGGCAUUAUUCUUAAUGUUUUGGCCUUCUUAAUGAUCUGGAUAAAAUAAAGUACCCUAUAAUAAAUCAUGUUUUGGCCUUCUUAAUGUUUUGGCCCUAUAGGAAAACUAUGCUCCAUAUUCUAUCAUCUUUUCUACAAUAGUUGCUACCCCAACUCAGCUUUAAUAAAUUUAUUGUUAAUCCAAUCUUAUCUUGUGUGCGCACAUAUCCAUGACAACACUCUCAUCUUUUUAGCAUUAAUUUUACUUCUUGUUGGUUGUUUGCUGCCCAAUAUUCGAUCUGGUAAACCAUCACUUCACUUGUCUUAUAACUAUGGUAAUAUUUUUCUUCUUAGCUUGAUUGAGUAAGGCUCAUAGAGAUAAGAAGAAGCCAAGGUGGCUUGGAGAUCAUGUAUGGAAUGGGCUAUGUGAGCAUUGGGAAACUCCGAAGUUCAAGGAGAAAAGUGUCAAAGCAAAGGCAAAUCGGGCAUCUGAUCGUGA